AUGGACCCCAACGACACUCAACUUCCUCAGGAUUACCCUGCAGGACAAAGGCCAUCUAAUCAACCUCUCCCAAGCCGUGGCAACCAGCAGCGAUACAACAAUAAUGGUCGUAGAUCCUUCCACCGUCCAUGGUACAGCGGUAGCAACAACAACAGCAACAGAGGGGGAUUUCGAAAUGGUCCUGGUCCUGCCCCCAGGCAGCAAAACCCACCCUUUGCAAAUCAUGGUCACAGUCAAAGCUUCAAUGGUCAAGGCCAUUCUCCUCUUGGCUCUUUCGCUCAGAACUAUCCCGGUGGCCAGGGGUUCCCUCAGAACAACUUCAACCAGGGCUAUUUUAACCCCAACUUCAAUCAAAACUUCCCUGGCAACAAUUUCCACCCGAACUAUCAGGGCAACAACUUCUCCAACUACCCCAAUCAAAACUUCGUAGCUGCGGGUACAUUUCCCAAUCCUCCUCUUGUGUUCAACCAAAUGCAAAUCCAUGAAGGCCCACCCCCGCCAUAUCAUGCUGAGUACACUGCUAUGCCAACCCCAGGGUUUCCUGUGUUCUUGGGCAAUCAAUCAUACCAGUCUCCCAAUACUCUUCCUCCAAUCCUUACCCAGCCUCAGCCUCAGCCUAUUGCUGGUCCUGUUCUCGGUCGCCGACGAUUGCCUCCUCGUCCCGACUGUCCCUUGAUUGUCUCCAGCCAGCCUCAAUUUGACACCGAACAUCACCGGCAACUCUACUACGAGCCCUACCCUGCUGACGAACCCGUCGUGCAAAUGCAGUCAAGCUGGUCUGGUCCCCCGGGCGCUUGUUUCGUGCAGCCUGACUACAAUCAGCCCUACCCUCCCAACGAAGAUCCUCGUAGUCGCCAAUCUAGCUUGGAUAGUCAGCGGAACAUCAAGUCGUCGCCCACAGUCAAUGAAUCCGAGUCAAUCUUGACACAGACUAAAGUCCAGACUCCCGAGGUCGAGAGAGGUCGCCAACUGUUCCGGCCGCGCCACUCCAACACCGAUGGGGGCUGUGACAUGGCUCCAGUUUCCGCUCCUGCCAAGACCCAGAGUGACCCCGUCUCUAUGCAAGCUGGCUCUCCGGGAAGAAUCAAUACGGCAUAUAUGAGCAGGUCCGCUGAGACUCCGAUUGCGCUCGCCGCACCUGUGACGGAGCCUAUCAAGUCGGAGAACAAGCCUACUGGACCUGAGACCGAGUCCAGCCUGCCUCAGACCGAAUCCACCUGUGCUCCAACUCAUGAUCAAAACAAAGAAGAGUUGAUGGAUGAAACCAAGCCACCACUGAAUAUCGACCCUGAAAGCGCUGGGUCCUCCUCCGAGGCCGGCCCAAAGACACCAGACACCGACGAGUCUCGGGAAAGCGCUAAACUUCGGACUCCAGCCAAACCCAACUCACUGAAAGCUGCCGAUACAAAGACCCCUAAUACCGUCGAGACUCUCAAAGUAAAUGAAAAGGGCACUCCAGACAAAGGCAAGUCCCCGGAAGUGGUUACACCCACUCCAACCAAGAGUGGGAGCAGAAGACUCCAGCCCGCAUUGCCAGAUGGCAAGUACCAAUUGGCCCGCCAUGCUUUCCAGCAUCGCAAACCACUUAAGAAAAAGUACCAACCCAAGACCGACACUGGCAAAACAGUCGAGCAGUACACCCGUGACAUGAAUGCGCAGCGUGCCUUGAUUGAUCCUGACUCGCGUGUCCCUGAGCAUCUUUUGCAAGAGGUGAUUCAAGAGCUAGAGAAUGAGCGCAGGGAUAAUACUCGGAAGAGCCGAGGCCUCGAUCCCAGUGAUAAGAGCAGUGUCGACAGUGGUACUUCUUCGAAGAAGUAG